UCUCCUUCUUCUAGUUUGAAAAUCCUUGCUGUGCUUGUCAGUGGCCUGUAUAGAUCUCCCUGUCUUGGCUUUACUGUUUUUCUUCCUGAGUCACUGACAGGCAGCUCCAGGACAAAGUCUCCGCAACUCUCUGUUUUCAUUUGGUUUGUAAAGUAAGAGAUGGAUAAAGGAUAUCCACCACAAGAUUCAGCUCCACCUUACCCCGGCCCACCCUUGAACUAUGAACAAGGAAUGCCUCAACCAGGGAUGUACCCUCAACCAGGGAUGUACCCUCAACCAGGGAUGUACCCUCAGCCAGCACCUCCCCCUGGAGGGUAUCAGGCAGGUGGUGUGUUUGCGCCUGCACCAGGUGUACCUGUCACGACAGUGACGAGCAUUGUAGUAACACCGAGGCUACAGGACGUCCCUGGACAAACUGUGUGUCCCCACUGCCAGCAGUCAGUGAUCACCAACACACAGCACACACCAGGCCUGUUGACGUGGGCUAUUUGUGCAGGCCUCGCCUUCUUUGGGUGUUUUCUUUGCUGCUGUAUCCCAUUCUGCCUCGAUUCGUGUCAAGAUGUGGAGCACAGCUGUUCAUCCUGCGGCAGAGUUAUCUACGUGUACAAGCGAAUGUGAAACUAUCCUUUAAUGGCUUUUUCUCACUUACGAAUGUGCUAUAGCAGUUUGCUUAAAAAUCAGAAUAUCAAUAAAUAAACAUGUUUUUCAUCUACCUGUUGUUAAGAGUUAAGAGUUCUUCCUUUGCUUCUUCCUUUGCUCACUUUUAAAUCCAGUAGGUUGGUCACUGUAAUUCUGUACUUAGACUUGACUGUAUUGAGCUAAACAACCAUUUUGGAAAAAAUAUUUGAUGCUUAUAUGCCAGAUAAAUUGACCACAUUACAAAUUAAAAGUUAAAAGUGCAAAAGUUGUUAGUUUGGUGUAAACUGGCAACGAGCUCUUUCCACUGGACGGAUUUAAUUGUAAAAAUUAUCAUUUUUCUUAAACCUUAUUUGUAGAUUUUGUCAUGUGAAUUUUAGUAACUGAUUAUCAUUAACAUUAUCUAUGUAUUAUCUUCAUUGUAAAAUUUCUGUUAUGUAUGUAUAAUAAACAUACCUAGUUUUGUAUUGCAAUGCUUGGAAUAUUUGCACUAUACCCACAACCCCAAAUUCUUAAAUGUAUUUCCAAUUUAUUUUGGUCACAUACUGUACCCAUCAGA